UAAACUUUUAUUUGGAGGACAAAAUUCUUAUUUGGAUUAUUGAAAAAUUCCAAAAAAUUAUAUAAUAUGAGUAUUGCUUGGACUUUAAUCGCUACAUUUCUGUAUAUUGAAAUAGUAGUUGUCUUGCUUUUAGUUCUACCAAUCGCCAGUCCAAGCAGGUGGAACCGCAUCUUUAAUUCUAGAUUUCUAGCAAUAUUAUCGAAACAAUCGCAAAUAUUUUUUUUGGUCUUGAUGGGGAUGAUGUUAGUAUUCUUAUUAGACGCUAUAAGAGAAAUAUAUAAGUACACGAAUCAUGAGGAUGGGCCAGAAAUGCAUAGCACGCAACUAUUUAGAGCUCAAAGAAAUUUUUAUAUUUCUGGAUUUUCAAUUUUCCUUGUACUUAUAAUACGUUGUUUAGUGACUUCAUUUUCCACACAAGCGAAUUUAUUAGCACAGUGUGAAGCUUUAUUAAUAGAAAAAAGGAAGACUGAAAAAUCCAACGAAUCAAUUCAAACCAGUACUCUUGGUGAGAGCAACGACCUACAGGAAUAUGUGGAAGAGCUCACAUCAGCUUUAAAACGUGUGGAGAAAGACAAGGAAUCUUUAAGAUCGCAACUUAAGAUCUUAAGCAAGGAAUAUGACCGCAUAGCGAAGAAAUUCAAUAAAAUGUUCAAUAAGCAAAAAAAACUAUCAGUUUCCGAUAGUACCAUUAGUGAAAGUGACUAGACUGAC